UGCGUAGAAUUUUCAAUACGUGUAUUGUCUUUGGAUUCCCGAAAGGCCUAAAUUUGUAUUACCCCACUUAAAGGAAUACAAUUACCUUAAAAUUUUAAAGAGGAUAAUUUGGCAUUCCAGCUGCUUAAAUGUCCUAAAGAUUUAAAACUGUUAUUGAAGGGAACGAUUGUAUAUGUGCCCAUAAGGAAUUCAAUAUUCGAGUUUGAAAACAGUGUUAUGCGAAUGAGACAAGUAUAAUUCUAUAGAAAAAUCUUAUUUGUUUUAUAUUAUAGCAAAUAAACUGUGAUGUGGCUAAUAAGUGCGGUCCCAAUUUGUUUGAUAUUGUUAUUGAGCAGUUGGUGUGUAGUGGCGGAUGAGCAUAAUCAUAAGUACAAUGACCGUGAAGAAGUCGUAUUAUGGAUGAAUACAGUUGGGCCAUAUCACAACCGGCAAGAAACAUAUGCGUACUUUUCCUUGCCUUUCUGUAGUGGUGCGAAACAAAGCAUUUCCCACUAUCAUGAGACGCUUAGCGAAGCGCUACAAGGAGUUGAAUUGGAAUUCAGUGGCUACGAAAUUGACUUUAAAGUGGACGUAUCACCAACCGUAAUAUGCAUGAUCGAUUUAACUAUUGAUAAAGUUAAAGCCUUUACAUAUGCGGUUAAAAACCAAUACUGGUAUCAAAUGUAUAUAGAUGGUUUACCUAUUUGGGGUGAAGUUGGUAAAAAGGACGAUCAAGAAGAAAAGUAUGGUAUUUUCACACACAAAAGAUUUGAAAUUGGCUACAAUGGCCAACAAAUUGUUGACAUAACUCUUCACAACGAGAAAAAAGAGUUACUGACACCAGGAGCUAAGAUUAAAUUUUCUUAUGAAGUUAACUGGAAACAGAGUUCAGUUGAAUUCAAAAACCGUUUUGAUAAAUAUUUGGAUCCUAAAUUUUUUCAACAUAGAAUCCACUGGUUCAGUAUUUUCAAUAGUUUUAUGAUGGUUAUAUUUUUGGUUGGAUUGGUGUCAAUGAUUCUCAUGCGAACGUUGCGCAAAGACUACGCUCGUUACAGUAAAGAUGAAGAAAUAGAUGACAUGGAACGGGACUUAGGAGAUGAAUAUGGCUGGAAACAAGUACAUGGUGAUGUUUUCAGAACUCCACCGCACGCAUUAGUAUUUUCUGCUGUAAUAGGAGCUGGUUGUCAAUUAAUUUCCGUAGUGCUUGGCGUCAUAUUAUUUGCGAUUGUUGGGGAAUUAUACACUGAGCGUGGAUCAAUGCUUUCUACUGCCAUAUUUGUGUACGCAGCAACGUCGCCUGUCAAUGGAUAUUUUGGUGGAUCGUUAUAUGCUCGGUUAGGAGGCCGAAUGUGGAUACGUCAAAUGCUGGUGUCUGCAUUUAUGGUUCCAGUUUUUGUUUGCGGCACAGCAUUCUUUAUCAAUUUUAUUGCUAUUGGUUAUCAUGCAUCGCGUGCUAUACCUUUUGGAACAAUGAUUGCCGUCACGUGUAUAUGCAUUUUCGUUGUUUUGCCACUUACAUUAGCAGGAACUGUGGUAGGACGCAAUUUAGAUGGACAGCCAGAUCAUCCUUGUCGAGUGAACGCUGUGCCUCGUCCUAUACCAGAAAAGAAGUGGUUUAUGGAACCAGCUAUUAUAAUUUUACUUGGUGGAGUAUUACCAUUUGGCUCAAUAUUUAUAGAAAUGUACUUUAUUUUCACGUCAUUUUGGGCCUAUAAAAUUUACUACGUGUAUGGUUUCAUGCUAUUAGUUUUCACCAUAUUAAUGAUUGUAACGGUAUGCGUAACAAUUGUAUGCACUUAUUUCCUUUUAAACGCAGAGGAUUAUCGGUGGCAGUGGACGAGCUUUAUGUCAGCGGCAUCAACUUCAAUUUACGUUUACGCUUAUUCAUUCUACUAUUUCUUCUUUAAAACAAAAAUGUAUGGUCUUUUUCAAACUGCUUUCUACUUUGGAUAUAUGGCAUUGUUCAGCGGUGCUUUAGGAAUUAUAUGUGGUACUGUUGGGUAUUUGGGAACAAGUGUAUUUGUACGAAAAAUCUAUUCUAAUGUUAAAAUAGAUUAGAAUGCGUAUAUUAUAAUCUUCUUGGCCCUUCAGCCUGUUGUAAUUAUUAAACUCCACGUAUAUUUAGUAUUUUGGUUCGAUUUAAUUUCACAUUUAAUUUAAUUAAAUGUUAAUUCUUUAGAA